AUGAAUAAAACAAAAUGCUUAGCUGCAGAAGCAUCAGUUAUUAAUAUUAGUUACAAUAUUGUUAGGGCAUUACAUCUUUUAUUGGGAAUGAUUGUUUUAUUAAUGCUUUUAAGGUUUGUUUGGACUUACAAAACAAAAUCACUAAAAUUUCAUCCAAAUGUUAUUCUAAUAAUUUCCAAUAUAUUAAUAAUUUAUAUGUUGUUGGUAUUUUCGUUUAUGAGUGCCGCAAUAAAAAAUUUUAUUGUUUUAUUCACAUAUACAAAUCCUUGUGAUUGUUUAAUGAAAGUUUGGACCGUUUAUCUAUUUCGCAUUAUUCCAAACAUUUAUAAUUUUGGGUUGUCCUUGUUACAUUUUGCUUUAAUGAUAGAACGUAUAUUUGCUACAAUUUAUGUCAAAAUUUACGAAAAGCAAGGAAAAAUGUUUGGGAUUAUUAGCACAAUUAUUGGGUGGUCAUCAAUAACAAUUUUUGCUAUUUAUGUUUACAUAAGUUCAUCAAUGGAAAUUGAAACAUUUAAGUAUCCAAUGGCCUAUCUAAGUUUAACGAGUAUUUACAACUCUCAAAUUCUUUUUAAAUUACACUAUUUCUACCUAUUUUUGGUAAUAUGUAUUGCUUUUGCUGAUUAUUAUUUAAUUCGAAGAAAUCAAAAAAUUAAAUCAAAUUUUUCAACAACAGACUACAGCCUCAGUCAAAGUUAUCAAGCUAAACAAAACAUUCUUGUGAUGAGAAUAAUCUUUCCUCUAGAUUUUUCUUAUACUUUUGUUUUUGCGGUAUUUAAUAUUCUAUCGUUUUUUAUCAGAUCAUUACGUGAAGAUUAUGGAAUACUUGUUUAUGUUCGGAAUUAUGAUGCUAUAUUUUUGGUAAAUACAAAAUUAAAUUAUAUUACUCCUGGACCCUGCCCAAAAUAA